AUGGAAGAAUUUAUAACACUAAUAACUUAUUCAGGAAUCUUAGGAUUAGGGACUACCUUAUAAAGAAUAAUUCGUUCUCUUAAAAUGCUUCAUGAAAAACAUAAAUAAUAUUAAUUAGCCUAAUUAUUCACACCAACAUAGUUAUUCAAUUAUUUAAAACAAAAUAAAACAACUAAUAUUUAAGCAUUUAUAGCUGGAGAAUUUAUAUCUCAAUAACCAUUAAUUUCUAAAUUUCCUUUGAUUUGGAGUCAAAAAAGAAUAUACGAUCUUUAUACAAACAAUAUGUAAAUUGAAUUUUUAUUUUAAUAGAAAAAAGUUGAGAAAUGUUACUUCUAAAGGAGUCACUUAAAUAAGCAUAGCUGAUAAAAAAUUUGCAGUUGAUAUAUUAAGAAGCACAAAUUUUAAUUGUUAAGCUUCAUUAACUCAUAUCUAAGAUAUUUUUUAUCCAAAACCUUUAUCUAUUCUUUAGAAGAUCACAAAUUUCAUACUUAGAGCUAUUAAUUAGGCUAGAUCAGGAAAAAUUCCAUUCAGAGGAUUUUCUAUUGGUCAAUUAGAAAGGGAGUUUGGUUUAUUAUAAGGGGACUCUUAUGUUAUUUAUGGAGAAAUAUUUUUUGAUUAAUAAUUAAAUAAACUAUUUCUAUAGAAUCCAAAACAUGUUUUAAGAGAUAAAAGAUAACUACUAAGAUUUAUUGAAACAAAAAUAAGAAUCAAAAACUUUUAAAUUUUCAUUCUCUUAUUAGCAAUUCUCUUUUUAUUUUAUUGGUUUUAAAAAAAUAUAAGAAUUGUUAUAUAUAAAUUACUUAGAAUGAGAUAAUUAUAUAAAUUAAAAAAACUAAGAGGAAUAAAACAUGUUGUAAUCAAUAAUUUUGAAUGUUAAAAUUGUUAUUAACAGCCUAAGAAUAUUAUCCAUUUACCAUGUAAACAUAUGAUAUUAUGUUAAAAUUGUAAAUCAGAAUUAAACUUAUAAAAAUGUCCAACAUGUAAAUAGAAAAUUGAAGAGUUUGUUGAAAUCUUCAUAACAUGA